UGAAAACUUUUCAUUCUCAUUUUAAAGCUGGAAGAGAGAAACGGCUGACAUCCAAAGGUAUAAGAACCGGAGAGAAAGGUAAUUCAAUUUCUCUUUCUUUUACUCAAAGCGCUCAAGUAUGUUUUAAAUAUACACAGUAUUUUAAGAAUGGAAUUUGAAAUCAUCAUAGCCUUCUUAGAAAUUUGAUGAAAAUCUGUGUUCUCGUCGGCCACGCAGAGACUCUAGAGAUUUAGUAAUUCCGGACAAAUUAACCCGAAGGAGGCUUACUGACAGAGACUCCAUCAUUUUUCGUUUCUCUCUUUCUUCAAGACUAAAAUCACACAUUUACAGCAACUAAGGUGUCUGUACACGUCCGUGAAAUAACUAAUUAAAGUAGAGAGAGAUCGACCAAACGCAAAAAUCAAAUCGAGCUUGAUUUCGAAAGUCUUCCGGGAAAAAUCCCUACUUGUUUGGAAAGUGAAAACUUUUAAUUCUCAUUUUAGAGCUGGAAGAGAGAAACGGCUGACAUAUUCUGAAGGUAAUUCAAUUUCUCUUUCUUUUACUCAAAGCGCUCAAGUAUGUUUUAAAUAUACACAGUAUUUUAAGAAUGGAAUUUGAAAUUAUCAUAGCCUUCUUAGUAAUUUGAUGAAAAUCUGUGUUCUCGUCUGCCACGCAAAUGAGACUCUAGAGACUUAGUAAUUUCGGACAAAGUAACCCGAAGAAAGCUGAAUGGCAGAGACACCAUCAUUUCUCGUUUCUCUCUUCCUUCAAGACUAAAACCACACAAUUACAUCAACUAAGGUGUCGGUCACGCAAAUGAAACUCUAGAGAUUUAGUAAUUCCGGACAAAUUAACCUGAAGGAGGCUUACGGACCGAGACCCCAUCAUUUCUCGUUUCUCUCUUCCUUCAAGACUAAAAUCACACAUUUACAGCAACUAAGGUGUCUGUGCACGUCCGUGAAAUAACUGAGUAAAGUAGAGAGAGAUCGACCAAACGCAAAAAUCAAAUCGAGCUUGAUUUCGAAAGUCUUCCGGGAAAAAUCCCUACUUGUUUGGAAAGUGAAAACUUUUCAUUCUCAUUUUAAAGUUGGAAGAGAGAAACGGCUGACAUCCAUAGGUAUAAGAACCGGAGAGAAAGGUAAUUCAAUUUCUCUUUCUUUUACUCAAAGCGCUCAAGAAUGGUUUAAGUCUCUUCCUUCAAGACUAAAACCGCACAUUUACAUCAACUAAGGUGUCGGUGCACGUCCGUGAAAUAACUAAUUAAAGUAAAAAGAGAUCGACCAAACGCAAAAAUGUUUCACAUUAUUAUCCAACCGCACAAAGUAGAGUACAAAUGACGCGCGAAUACAGCACCGUUAUUUAAACAGUUGGUUAUUUUGUACUGUGAAAAAACCUGUUUGACCAGUUGGCUGCGCGCCCUACGCUUCCCUCUCUGCUUUGCUUUUCCCGCCUUAUGAGAAAUGAACAGAAAUACUUAGCAGAGAAAAAAGCAGCUGGAUAAUAAAAUAACAUAUUAGACGUUUUGGUGUGUAGUAUCGCUAAGUAAUUUUAGAGAGACUAUACACCAAAACGUGUAAUAAGAUACGUGUAAGAUUAAGUCGUAAUACCUUAACUUUUGAAGACACGAUUGAAUUGAAUUUCACCACUGCUAUACGAAAAUUCCCUUGCACAAUUGGUACAGAAGUGUUACCAUAUGAGAAAAUUUUAUCCCUUAUGUAUCUUCUAAGAAUCAAUUUUCGCGGAAGUAUUCAAACUAGACGCUUGAGGAGCGUUCACUCGGGCUUCGUGUCAAGCGUUUUACUUGAGCAUUCACCACGCGUAAAAUUUAUACGACACUACAGCCAGGACCUAGGUGGGGAAUUUUCGAUAUCGGUCACUCCAGUGCCACUUUUUGACGGUUAUUUGUGCUAACUGUCAGUUUAAUUACUCGUGUGAAUUACAAUAUUUAUUAGCUUGAGUACAGCUGCUCCCUACUCGCAAAAAAAUCGGGACGUCUCUUUCCUCGAGUUUUUUGAGGCGGUGCACCGGCUAUGUUUCUAUUCACUCCGGUGCUGGGGUCGUUCGUAAAGUAUGUUGUAAAUACUACGCUUUCCAGUUGAGCGCGACACUAUCGAGUUUCCAUACAUUGUACAAUUGCCUCUGUGAAUUACACCCUUGCACUCACUAUAUGGAAAAUUACACGAAAAGAACCCCAUGUAUUUGAGAUAUUUCUUUCCAUGUUUACCUCUACUUGAAUUGUAGACUUAUCUCAUUGAAGAGCUAACGUUUCUUGUUCUAAAAUUUGGUUUCCUUCUCAUUUUUUGUACAAACCUGACUCUUGUUUCAUGUGUAAUUUUCUUUCGUGUUGCAUUAUUUUUAAUAAGAUCAUGGACUUUCGAUGACUUUGGUACAGUUUUACUUAAACGGCUCCGUGCAUAACUCUGAUGUUUUAUACUUUUCUGAGAGAGACGUUGGAACAUCUUCACUGGUACUCUGCUUGAUUCACGGUCACGUUUAUAGCCAUGGCAUUCACACAAAACAUGAGUACAAUUAUAAUAUACAUACUUUACAUAACGAGAUCGGAGUUGUUGUACUUUUAUUGACAUUGUACCAUCAUUACGUUCAUGUACAUUAGUCAUAUUGACAACUUUUUCUAGUCGUGACCACAGUCAUCAAGAGUAUUCAUCAUGUCUUCUACUGAGCACAGUCAACUCCAUGCGAAGAGCAAACCAACAGCACGAUCACUUGUACAAUAAUAAUAAUAGUGGUUAUGUACGAAAUACCAAAUCGUACUUUACAAAUAUUGAACCCAAUAAAAACUAAUAACAGAAACAAAAUAUUUAACGGAAGAGCUGAGCUGAGAUAUUUAACCUUACUAUUCAAGGUGCUUCUGUCAGUAUCUUCAUUUUUUUAUUAGAAAAAAUCUGUUUUCCCAAUGGCAAUAUAUUGUUUUUGUCAUUUUUCUCUAUCUAAGAACUGAAUGCAUAAUGUAUGAUGGGGCUGUGCGGUAAGUUUACCGUUUGUUGUUAAAUCGGCUUUCACAUUUUUGCCAGUAUUUUCGUAGUUUGAACUCACAUAUGGAUCAUUUUUUAUCUCGUGAGAACUAGUAUGAACUUUGCACAUUCGGCUAGCUUUUAAGCUAAAGAGUUCGUGGACCGGCCCAUUACGAAAACGCUCGACAUCAUUUAGAGUGGGCCUACCACGAACAGCGUAUGCGUUUGUAUGUGAGACGAGCGUAUAAGGCAGGAAUCUUUGCAAAGCGUUUUUCAGAAGACACAGCAUUCUAUAAAUCAUGUUGUUUUACGAAGAGCGAGCAUAUGGUAACAACAGUUGUCGCACUCUCAUCCCCAGUUUCCGCGGUUUACACAAGGAACGCCUGGGACCAUGACGUCCCUUUUGGCGACUAAGAUCGGCUUGCAUUUUAGGACUCGGUAUUUAUCGUUCUAUACUUAUCUUAUUCUCUGUGAAUUAUGGAUGAGGGUGACUAUUGUUUUUUUCAUUGCGGCAGUAAGUCAAUAAGUUCAGUACUGCUCACCAGUUUACUACAUGGCUUGCCUAAAACACUCCUAGCAGAGAAACUCUUGGAAAGUAAUUGCUUUUAAUAAAAUAACCAAGACACUGUUUCUUCAGAGUUUUCACUUAUUAUGGCAGACCCAGAAAACUGACACAAAUUUGGUAGCAAUUGUGACAAAAGCAGUUUUCAGUAGUUGUUGUUUUUGUUUUUCAUGAUUGCAUAGUAAUCCACUAUGGAUGCCACAUGGAACUCUCACAAAAUAUUUUGUGUGCUUUAUGUAUCAAUCAAUUUGAUGCUUCAAACUGGAAAAAAGAAAAAGUGAGUUUCACCAACUAAAUGAGUUCUCAACACAAAGAUGAACUGACACUAAAUUUUAUAUUCACAAAAUUGUCCUCAUAAUAAGAAGUUUGAUAGAAGUCUUGCAAAAAAUAAUUUCUCAUACAAUUCAAUGGUCUGAAAGAUUCUCUUUCAAACAAAUCUUAUGGUAACUGUAACAGUAUAAAAUAAAUAUCUUGAUUUGGAUAUGCUUCUCAAUCUUUUAAGUAUCUCAAAAUUAUAUUAUCAUAACAUUGGUUAACACAAGGCAAUAAGAACUAGUAUAGCAAACCUUUGUGCCAGAAGGCCUCUGAGUGCUAAGAAUGGGAAUAUCAAUUCACUGAAUGUUUAUCACUGACAGAAACUUAAAUGUGCGUGAAGGACUAGCAUUGCUGAGAUCAGUAGCUGAGAGGAAGCAUUUCUGCUCUCUCCCUUUAACCCUUAAAUACCCAAGAUCUGAUUGUUAAUUCUCCCUUCUAGUUGUUACACAUUUACUUGUAAAUAAGUUAUGAGAGUCUGAUGUAAGAUCAAGAUAACUUCUGCCUGAUAAGUUUCAGUAUUAUCAUAUUAUAGGGAGAAGUUACAUGAAUCAGUCACUUUUGGGAGUUUUUAAAUUGUCUAAUAUUUUGGUCUGAUUCUUUCAAUAUUGUCUUGCCACCUAGUAAAUUACCAUGAGUGCGAACUCAAAUGGUUUUCAAUGUAUUACGGGCAUAAGUUGUCCUGGGCCAGAUGGGUUUCAAAAUAUUAUGACAUCUGUUAGUUACAGUUUCCUUCAUGGGUUAAUAGAAAGAAGGUUAUAAUCAAGUGGCUGUACAGGCUCUAUUGUAUAGUUUCCCAUAAGAUACAAUGUACAAAUGGCAAACUAAAAUACAUCUUGGUAAACAAAAUGGGAACAACUUUAACUGAAGAAUAUGGUACGACAACAAGUACCACAUCAACAACAGCAGCAAUACAAAUCUCCUCUACCUAGAGGGCUACAGCCUUUGCCUCACUUUCUAAGCCAUACUGAACAACUUUUGUGGUACUUCCUGUGGCGCGUUCCUCUUAACACGAUGUGGCGUUAUUCUCGUGAAACAACAAGGUAAUCGUAAAGCUGAAUGAAAUUAAUCUCAGGUAAAUUACGGAGAUCGCUCGACCAUCCAAGGGCUGAAAUCCUUACCAUAGUUGCUUCGUAUUUGAAGUCCCUCUGGUUUUGUUCUAGGUCCUGGACACCUGUAAGAAGUUCUCGGUUUUCUCCACUACUUGAUAGAAGGACGUGUCACAUCAGCAAAGCAUAAACUUUCGACCCUAAGUCGGCUCUAAUUCCGCCCCUCGAUUUUGAAUUAGAUUUUAAAAUCUCCCUGAGAUCUUUUGCUUCGAGUUUCUGGAUGUCAUCUAAUGACGAAAUUUACAUAUUGUUGUAUUAAAGAACCAUUUUGAAGGGAGAAAUCGCAUUGAAAAGUGCAUUAGAACGUGAAAUGUCAGCAGAUCCGAUCUGAGCUGUUUGAAAGAACCGCCGGGUCAACCCCAGCCUCGUUAUCGUGUGUGCACGGUUACUAAUCCAAUAUGGCGCCUGGAACUGUAAAAAGGUCUUAAAAAAAAAAAAAACAGGUUGUGUCCUCGUGUACCGGUACACAAAGGAACGAAACAUUAACGAACUGCGUCACAACUCCAUGUAUGGAUAUGAAAACAAUAGGAAUUCCCCCGUGUACCGGUACACCAGGACAGCCCCAAAAAAACACGUUUGUCGUAGCGUUUACGACAAAUGAUCGACAAGUUUAUUUAUUUAGUCGAUUUCCUCCAGUUUUUACCGAGACAAAUUUUGUCGGUGGUGCGUUUGAAGAUUUGUUCGCUUCGGCCAAAAUUUUUCAAGUCGCGAAAAACCAUCCGCACUCGUAAAAUGUUGGUGAUGACAGAAAAUUUGUCUAAAUAAACAACUUUUUCGAUAGUGAGGAAAGGCCCUUGGAGGAAGAAGGGGCCCGUUUACGAGAAACGUUCUAGAUAAUGCUUUAUUUCUUUCGUGUUUUGAGUAUCUGACAGCAAGUCAUUGCACUCUUUUUCCCGUUCUCCAUUCAAAUACCGAAAAAAGGUUAAAGAAAAAAAAUUGGAACAGAUAGCAUGUGUCCACACAAAGAAAAAGGAAGAGCCGAGGCAUUGAGUGCUUUGCCUCUCUUUUGUUUUAGGUCAGGAAUUGCGCAUCCAACUAUUGAAAUGGAAAACCAGAAGUCAGAUGUUCGCUUACUAUUGUCUGAAGAACUCAAAGCCAUUCGCUCGAAGAUUGUAGAAGGAAAGCUCGUGCUCUUUGUUGGCGAACAAGUAUCGACUUUAGUCAGCACGGAUAGGCAUGACCCCUCAUUAGAUGACUGGUGGCAGAUUGUCAAUCAUUCUGAGGUAAAAAUGUCUAUUGUGUAGCCGAAAGUGAGGUUAUUAGGACGCUGGACUCAUAUUCAACAAUUCAUGGCUUACGUUGCUGGCGGUCUUCGGUUUUGGGGGCAGAGAGAAAAAUGAUAGGUAUUUCAUUUUUGUCUCCCCCCAAAACUGCAGACCGCUAGCAACGCACGCUAAGAAAUUCAUUGAGAUUGGUAAAGGUGGCAGCUUAAUAAGGUGGUCUUCCACCACAUUUUAAAAAUUUUCAAUACUAACUGGGUCCAAUUCAUUAUGGUACCAUUGGAAACAUCAUCCAAAAGUGUUGCGAACUGCACCAGUGAUUGACAUUUUGAAACCAUGGCAACCAGUUUCCUGACCCUCAAGGGAGAAAAAAGGUACAUAUCUGCUAACAAUAAUAUCUAAAGAACCAGAGAUCCCAUUUACCUAUAAAUGGUAUCAAAAUCAACUAUAAUGAUUGUUCUAUGAUAUAAACCUCAAAAAGUAAACUAUCAAAGUAUCUUUCAGAACAAUAACAAUUUGUAUCUGAGAGGAACAAUAUUUUGGCCCUAAUCAUUCUCAAAAAUUGAAAUGAGAUUCAUGCACUUUCAUACAACUGCCUUUUUUUUGGUUCACAUCACAGCACAAAUACAAGAGAGAAGUCACUGAAAAUUUCAGUUCAAUUGCACUAAAAGAAGUAAAGAUAUCCUUCUUGUCAUACUGGCUAUUAAGGCAAACUUACAAAAAUGAGAAAACUGGAAUUAAAGUUUUGAGUUGUAACAUGAGAGUAGCCAUUGUCAUGGAAAGCAAUAAUUUGUGCUAAUUUUCAAUAGACACAUUAAAAUCCACCAGGUACAUAAGUAUCUCUCUCCUUUUCUUGUUGUUUGUCAGUUUUUUCUUUCUUUUGCAGUGGAGCAAUCUCUGCUGAAAUUUGUUGACUCCUUGCUCUUUGUAGUUGGCCUUUAGAACUCUGACUGAAUCAGCUCUCUGAGCCUCACCUGUACAAUAAUUGCCAGGAGAAAUUCUAAGUUCCUCCAGAAGCUUUAUAGAAGCCUGACAGCCAAUAUUAAAGUGGGCUGCUGCAUCAUAACUUCCCAACUGCAAGGUCUCAGGGCCAACAAAGACACUCUUCAGUACUCUCUCCCAGAUCACAGCAUUAAGGGCCUCAUUCUGAUUUUGUGUCUUUCCUCUGGGCAAUGCUGCAAAUGCAACUUUCUGUCAGCUGAGGAAGCACAAUGAAACAAACUUGCAUGAAUAGCUGACUUCAUAGCUGGAAGAUUACCAGAAUUGCUUCUGAUGGCAAUACCAUAAUAAUUUUGUAACUUGUCUAUCAUGCUGUCCGUUAAUCUUCCUUUACCACCCAUUCCUUUCUUCUCCUUCUUCAAUUUGUACAAAGCAAUGCCAAGUCUUUUUUGUACGAUAGUAAUUUUGUAACUUGUGACUUGUCUAUCAUGCCAAGUCUCUUUUGUACACGUCCUACACAUUCCUUCUUCUGCACUUGUACACUAUAAAUGGCACACAGUUCUUUUAUUAAAUUGUAACUCUUACUGUCACCAUCUCCAUUAUAUUCUGAAUACAAAAGCUUGUGUUUCUGUACUGAGCAAGAGAAGAUACGCAUGGCACCUUCAGGUUCCAUGUUUGGGGCUGAUCCUUGAUAAUUGGCCUGGCAUUUUGGCUUAUGCUCUGCCCUCCAUCCUGCAUUUUCAGGGGUUUCAGCAUCAUUUUCAUGUUCCCUGCACUUCUUACACACUUUGCUUAGAGGGUCAACAUCCAGAAUUGUUCCAGUGUCCAUGCUGAUGGCAGUGACACAACCAUUUAAAGAGGAAAAACCUCUUCUUUGCCAGGUGCCAUCACAAGAUGCAUCACACUUUACCAACCCAUCUUGGAAAGCUGGUUUUAGGCUGUGGAUUUCUUCUGCAGCACUGGUCAUUGUUUCCACCGCAACUGCUUUAGCUGCCUUGAGCAACGCCUUGUUGUGCAAGGCAUACGGUGUUUGCCUUGGAGGUUGAGGCAUGUUCAUUAGCCUGCAAAAUCCUUUCGCUGCUGCGAGUCCACAGUCAAUUGAUCGCAUGCCAUAAACAAGUCUCCUGUUCACUUCAAAACAUCGCUGAUUAGGGACUUUGGUGUGAUACCAAGACGUGAUAAAGUCCUUCAUCUAGCCAUACGAGACACAAAACAAGCGAAGAUGGCUGGCACAUCCUUUCCGUUUAAGAGUUUGCUCUUGCAAGACCAAACUACAUUUGAAGGACUCCUUACACGGCAAAAUUCUGAACAGAGUCCAAUAUUUCCAAGUCGACUAAACGAAAGCCUGUAAUGGAUGGAUCUGUACUAGGUGCUUUACGAUUAGACGAUUCGGACUGCUUGCGGAGCGGAAUUUUUGGAGAAGAGGCAGAUGUUUUGGUAUUUGUGUCUGCAGUCGAAGGAAUCCCAUCACCUUCGCUUGCGCGUGUAUGUUUCCUCUUUGAAUGCUGAUUUCCAUGAAAUCUACGCUUUUUACAAUAUCCAGUGCGAACUUUCGGCAUGAUUUACCUAUUAAACGGAAAAAUUUUCGUGAAAGUGCGACAGUGAAAUAUGAAAAGCACGUGUACGCAACCAAAAUGGCGGAUCGAGCAUGAAUGGAUCUUUCGAAACGUUCCUUAUUGACUUAUGGCAACUUCAAAUGCCCCAAACAAGUCAAAUGAAGACCCUUCUUCUAGGGAGGGGUACCAGGGUAAGUUUUUUUUUUUCGGUUCGGUGAACUGCGCUUGGCUUUUUUCCUUGUUUCUCCAUGUAAACAAACCGUUACCAUGGCCGUUGCCAACGAAAAAGUGCAUACCCUUUUAAGAAUUUCGCCGAAAUUUCACUUUCGCAUGGUAAAUUUCUUUAAAAAAAGAGCUAGGAAUGAAAGAACAAUACCUAAGGAUUGCAAUUACAGUGAAAUUAGAAAUUAGCAAUUUCCAUCAAAAAAUGCGAAAUUCUGAGUGGAAGACCACUCAGCUUAAUUUACUGAACAAGAGGCUGACUUGAUCUUCAAAUUGAUUCGCCAUCAAAAGGCAUCGAGAACGUGAUGACAGACAUGCAUAAUGUACACAAUCUAGGACUAACGUCGUAGUUGUAAACGGAGUAUCUCCGGAUACACUCUCGUCUGGGACCGAUCAUUGUUUAUUGGGGAAGGGGAGAGUGUGGCGGAUUUUGUAAGGGAUCACAUGGUUUUUAGGGGGGAAGAAGGGGGAUCAGUAGUCGCCAACAGAGUAUAAAGGGAGGGACUAUAGAAAAUUGACUACCAACUAACAGCCAAUCUGGGAGGAUAAUUAGAAUAUUACAGAGCCUUAGGGGAAGGAUUAGGUAAAUCUGGUUAUGACACAACCAUAGUCCUCUAAAUCUCCCCCCCCCUCCCCACCCACACGCACACACACACACACACCCCGAGAUAAAUACCGGCUGGUCCCUGAGGAAGAUUUUGCACAUCCGAAAAGCAACUACCGACCAAGAUUGCUACGAGACCUAACUAGGCGACUCAACAUUUGUUUGGCUAAAUUUGUUUCAACAGCCAAUAUGUUAGAAGAAGUUAAGUAGAAGAGUUAAUUAUCUCUUGUGAGGUACAAUCGUUUCUCUCAAAAUUAAGUCACUUCUGAUGAAGAUCACGAAUUUUCAGUGGCAUAGUGCCAGUCGUCUUGAGGCGGUAACGCCGCGAUGGUAGAUCACAGACUACGAUACUUAAUUACUAGUGAAUUUUCCACGAUAAGUAAUCACAGACCUUUCUAAUAAUAAUUUUGAUUAAUUAUAACAUGUUGCCUGAAGCAAGCUUUGAUGUUAACAAAGAGCUCACUAGGAUUCUGCUUGUGGCUUCACUGCCCAUAUGAAGAUACAAUUCUGCAGUUGUCUCUUAAUUUGCAGAAAGGCACGAAUGCACUUCUCGAUCUCGAAGACAAGUUUCUGAGAGAUCUUGAACAGGCACCGUCACGUUUUCACAAUGCCCUACGGAAUGUCGGAAAGUUUCCCCUCAUCAUAACCACCAAUAUGGAUGAGUUGCUAGAGCGCUUUCUCUGGAGGACUGGGAACGGUGGCGAGAAGCUGCGACUGGACCAGGUUGGUAAAAAAGGAACACGAUUUGACUCAAAUGUAUCUGCUGCAAAGUAUUUUUUUCCUGUGUCAAAAGAGAUCUUAUGAUCCUAAAAGUUCUCACAUAAGAGUGAUUUUAUUUCCCAGCCUUACUUUGAUUUUCCUCUAUAAAGCUCUACCUUGGGCAUUUCUCUGAAACGAAUGAUUCUCUGUUCGUCUAUAUCCCAGACGGUAUUUGAUCAUCUCGCUCCAAACAACUUUGUUGUUGGUUUACAAAAAUUUUUUAAGAAUGUAUGAAAGCUUUCACGUUUGAGAAUUAUUUGCAGCUGGGCUCAUAUCCUAACUUUUAAGAUGGAUUCUCCUUGCCAUAGCUUUCUGGAUAGUUACCCAUUUCCCGUUAAAUAUCAACCUAGACGAAAAAAGACCCUACGUGAUAGAACGAACGUGCGAAGUGAGAAGGGGAGGAACUAAUGGGCUUUCGUGUCACUUGGUGCCAUUCGACGGGUUAUUAAACGACUUUGCUUAUUGUCUUCCAGAUUUACUGUCUCUACCAGUCCUGGCCAGAGCUGCGCAGAGAUUUGAUCAUCAAGUGUUUUGGGGAUUGCGGUUUUAACGUGCGGGCGUUGGUAAGUAUCAGGCAUUUAAUGUCCCAUUGGUUGGUCAUUUGCCAUUUCAAGAUGUCGUAGUCACAAUACAUCGCGGAGUGGGCAGACUUCCGACCAUGUAGCACUGAAAACCCAUAGAUCGAGCUGUAAUUGAGUUCAAACAGUAGCAAAAUUAUUUCGGUGGCCUUUCUUCUUACACUGCUGCUUUUUAUUACUCUCAAUUAUUGAUGUACUUAUAACGCUGAAUAUGCUUUCCUCAUUUUGAUUGAUUAUUUUCAGUCAAGUAGCAAGAAGUACUUUGAGGACUUCUGCACCACUCUUGAAAGUCGUGAAGUGGAUUUAAUGCGGAAAAUAUUUAACGAAAGAUCUAUCCUGUUCCUUGGCUGUGAUCCCGAGCGCCCAGAGUACAAGAAUUUCUUCCAAAAAUUUGCAGUUAAUGCCAAGGUAGACAGCUGUUGAAAUUUGCAGAGCUCGAGGUGGUUUUCUUCACUUUAUCUGCAUGUUUACUUUACGUCAUAUUUCCUUUGAAAUCAAUAUGUUUGUCGUUAUGCUCCGUUCCUUCAACAGUUAAAACAUUACAAGUUUGAGACUUACCAGGACUCAGACCUUCAUGAAAAUGGAAAUCUUAUAACGUUAAAGGCCAACAUACAACCCUGGGAAUUCGUGCAGUUCUUGAGUACAGGAACUAUCCAAGAAGAAAUACAACCAGGGCAGGUAACAUAAACUGGAUACAGUUGAUGAAAAGUCUCUACAGGUGGCUGAGUUAUCCAAAACCCAACUAACGAAACAAUGACGCUGACGCACCUGUUGGCAGAGCAAGCUGAUUUUGAUCCAUGCACCCAGCCAUCAGCUAACUUUUUUUUAGGACGCUUUGCUGUAACCUAUCUUUCAGUUUAAAAGUUUUAUUUAUAUUUUAUUACCUAUUUCCUCCAACAGGUGUAUGAAAGAUCCUACCUGCGGAUCCAGAGGGAAGAAUAUCUUAAGCAACAGCUCGCACUGGAGAAAAAGGCCUCGGAGAUAAUAUUUCACACCAUUAAUAUUACAAACGCAUUGUCGCCUGACGAGUACUUUGAAGAGAUUUCACGUCCCACCAUCCAAGACAUAUUUUCAAAAGAUCCUUUUGGUGAGGUUGCCGUUUUAUUGGCGCCAACUAAGUUCACUUUCAAAAUAGAGUUAAAACUUUAAGUCUGUAUGAGUGUGCUUAUGAAUACUUGAUUGACCAACCCUCCCCCCCCCCCCAUGGGGCUUUAUAGGGACAAUACGGAUAAAUAAGAGAAUGAAUAAAUAAACAUAAUCAUCUAGUAGGAGGCAGACAAGGUGCUUUAUAAAAAAUAUAGCCAAGGAGUUGAACUCGGUGCCAGCGAGAACAACUCCAGUGAGUAGCUGAGAGGAGGGCUUUGACCUGCAGCCACCACAUUACAAGCCCAACGCCCUGACCACCCGUCCAUACUGCUUCAAAGUCCGUUUUUGGUUUAGUGUUUUUGCCUUUGUGGUGGUUAAAAUGGGAUAUCUGAAAAAGGUAAAGAAAGACAACGAAGCUAAAAAAGGGACUGAGAUGAAGGAUGAAAAUUCUUAGGGCGUGGUAAGUAGAAAGUAUAGAAGAGAGAUCCUCACAAAUACUUUUCAUUUGGCUGCACAGCCUAAGCUUUCUUCAUUUCAUAUCUAGGCGUUUACUCCGAGGAGAAGGUCCAGCGGACGUUGGAUGCAAUGAAAGGAAGGCGUGACAAUCUAAUAAAGGUGAAUAAAUGUUGUGAUGGUCGUUGUAGGAUCUUUCCUUUGAUGCAUGGAAGUUGACUAAGGAGGUUUCUUCUCUAUGAUCACAGCUUAUAACUAAAUCAAACACCAAGGUCACUGCAUUGUUCUUCUACCAUGGAGUGAAGAAGGAGAUAGGAGGAUGGAAACAAGUAGAGAAGGUACCUCCUCCGUCUGACGAAGAAAAGAAGAAAAUCCUGCAAAAGUGCAAGAUUUCUAUCAGUAAAUACGCAAGGGCCGUUCUGCUUUCUAAGUCAUUGAUGCGAAGUGAUAGCAACUUGGUAAUUCACAUUGUUGGUGAUCAGGAAACUUACCAAGUACAGGAGGUCGAGAAGGAAACCUUUGCUCUCAUCCGCCUCACAGGUUAUUUAUUUACCGAGUCCAAAAUACGAUGACAUGCUUCUUUUUUGUGACCUGAAAAGUCACGUUAAAGCACUGCUCUUAAACUGAAUAGCAGGGAUAAUGAUAGCUCAUGGAAAUACAUGCAUGGGUAUAUAUUCUGAUAUCUUUAAAGAGAAUAAAAUCAAUUAACAGCUGAAUGAAAAGUUAUCUCUCUUAAGACAGAAGAGAAUAAAAUCAAAUAACAGCUGAAUGGAAAGUUGUCUCUCUUAAGAAAGAAAACACAUUAUAUAUAUAUAUCUCAAGGUUGGACAAACAAUGAACAAAUAUAGGUAUAUGUAAAUAUAUAUAUAUAUAUAUAUAUACAAAUAUACAUAUGCUGUCAUAAUGAUGCCAGUGAUUUUCGCUGUACCUGUUUAACAGGUUGGGCCUGGCCCACAUGUAAAACAAGUAAGUUUAACAUUGCAAAGGUUGUGUCUCAGUAUUUGUUAAAAUGAAAGUAUGCUUUCGCACAAAAAUGGAAAAAAUGGUUAAAAUUAUAUUACAUCAUUUGAAUACUCUCAAUUUAGUGUAGUAGGGCAUUGUGUCUUAAAGGUUUGAGGUAAAGGAUUGAUGUUGGUGGCCAAAGUCUUCAUAGCUUUCGUUCGCUUUUCUCAUUGAUUGUUUGUUUCCGUAUUUUCCUUUUCCUAUGGCACAGGGGGAACAGACGAAGCUAUUUGCUACGCUGAAACAGCCUCAUCUCCUGAAGAAAGAAAGUUCGCCGCUCACCUGAUUAACAUUAACGGGGAUGAGGUGUUGAAUAAACGAAAGGUGUACGAGAGAAGCCGUGCAAACGCCUGGAACAACGAAGAUUCCAUUCUGAAACUCGCCACAGCAAUUAUGAAAGAAAACGCACAGAUGAAAGAAAAAUUCAACAUUGAUGCAAUUGACGUAUGUUGCUUCAUCUUCAUGCUCCUAAACAUGAUGUUCAGAGUUUGCUAACACCCUUGUAUGCAGUUAGCAGGUUUACUCUAUAAUUCACUAAAUUUAGAUCAGGGCUGAUUUGUUCGAGUUCCUUGCGAGAUUACCAUGAGAUUUGAAUGCUGGCUUGGGCAACGUAUCAAUUGCCUGGGCUUCAAAGAACACGGUGCGAAUGAGCGUUUUUCACGAAAUAACUCACUUUUUAUGAGGUUACAUGUUACUGAUAGUGCAAUGUUGUGUGUGCGUACUGUUGAGAGAAGGCGUUCAACAGUAUUGUCGCUGUGCUUGUCCUUUAACAAGUAGCGUUAAAACAGAAAUAGUCCUACAUUUAAAAUCAAUCGUACAUUCACCUAAUGACACAUUUUCCCGUGGUGGGUCACGUUUAGUCUCGGCUGUUAUUUUUCCCCACUAGUAAGGUAAUCGAGGUAAAGUAUCUAUGGUUUCCUAGCGUUUCUAGACCCUUAAAAAUAGACAAUUUUAGAGCAAGUUACUAAUAUUGGUUGUGUCACCUGCUCCAUAAAUAAUCUUGGCUCAUUGUUUUAACUGUCUGACAUCAUAGCACCUCUCUCCACCAAGAGACCAUGAGCAGCUCAAGUUUACCAAUACCUUCCCAAACCCUUCAGUGCUGGAUGGCUACAUGCAGUGAUCUGCCUCCCGGCCGGGGAGAAUACCAAUAGUUCUAGUCAAGCUACCAAAAGUUAACCUGACCAUCGCCUUCCUUGCUUUUAUCUUUACAGGAAAAAGACCUAGCGGCACUAGAAACAUUGACUCGCAUAAGCCAGAAAGUGAUCAGUAAACUGGACGCAGGCUAUCUCGAUCGAAUCGGUGAAGGCAGCUUUGGCCAGGUUUUCAAAGCUAAGAAGGGCGGUCAUGACGUGGCUGUAAAGAUCUUGAAGAACAUUGAGAACCCCCAAGAAACUCAAAAUUCUGUAGACCGCAAAGAAAUAGAGGAUUGUAUACGCCGCAAACAAAUAGAGGACUUUGAACGAGAAGUGGACACACUGAGGUUGGAACAAUAAUGAUCUUUGUAGAACUCUACAUAUGAAAUAUGCACGUUGAUAUGUAGUUAGCUCAACCUCAAACCUUACAAUGCCACAAGGUGUGUCAAAACAUAUCGAAUUUGAUUUUUUCUGGCCUCAGUGCCGGGAUAUCUUAAGAUCAAAGAUACUUAGAAAGCACCAACUCUCCAACUGAUCGAUAGAAAUCAAAGUCCACUUCUUGGCUUCCCUUCAGGAUUAAAACAUGUUCGUCCGUGAACUGUUGAAUUAUUAAACUCAGUCGGUGAUGGCCUGCCUGAUUAACCGUGCAAACGUAUAUCUCCUCAACUAAAGUAGAUAAUUCUUGCAUGUCUUCUGUAUAAUUGUGACCUCAAUAAAAGUAAUGGUAUAGAGUACGCUCGUAUGUUUUUUUUUAAAAAAAAAGAAGGAGGUUCGAUAUUCUAACAGACUCGAAUCCAUCUGUUUCUUUUGUUUUGUUUUGGUUUUUUACAUGCCUAUUCUUGAAUUGACACUUUGCUAUUCUUCCCACGAUAUUAAUCGCUGACAAACAGCACCACCUAGUGAGGGACGAAUUUCACAGCACUUUUUUUCAAUGAAUUGUUUCUUCAGGGAGGCAAAGCAUCCCAACAUUGUAAAGAUCUUUGAAUGCAUCUCUAUCCAGAAUCAGCUGGCAAUUGUGAUGGAGUUCAUGGCGGGAGGAAAUCUAAAAGCCUACCUUGAGAAAAACUAUGGAACCGGACAGGGGAAAGAUUUUACAAUCAGAUUCACAGAGGAUGUUGGCUCUGCCAUUGAGCAUCUUCACUCGCUCAAUAUCAUGCAUAGAGAUGUUAAACCUGACAACAUUUUUGUAAGUGUGAUAAUAUCACUGUCUCUAUCAUAGACUGCACCAUUUAGAGAUGAAACGAUGAUAUUUAUCAAGGUACAGAAAGCCUUCCUUUUAUAUGUUGUGUUUGUUACCAUCUUGUGUAGUCAUCUCAAAAAAUUCGCAAGGAUUUUGUUUUUUCCUGUACAAAGAGUUUGAGUUAAUUUUGCAGAUCGCAUUUUCAUAGUCGUGAUGUGGCUAGUUUGAGUAAGUCUGUUCUAUACCCCAUUGCUUCGUAGCUGUCAGUUGACCACACAGUACUCAAACUCGGAGACUUUGGUCUUGCUCGCGCAACUGAAGGGACACGUCAAACAAAAACCCCGAUUGGCCCGUAUCGCUACACAGCACCUGAAGUAUUCAGCAGUCGGGGACAUUACUCUAAGAAAGCUGAUGUUCACAGUUUUGGUAAGCCUCGAUGAUGAUCUAACGUUGACUAGCGUGCUGUUUUUCCCCCUGUUUUGUUUGCCUGUUUGUUAUUUUACUAAGACCAGAGAAUCAGAGAUAAGAUAAGGAUAAGAAUCAGACAGUCCAAUAUAGAUCGCCUUUUGGUGGGAAGUAGACGAAAACCUUUGAAAAAUAAAUUCGACGGAAUUGCGAUUACAUUAGAGUGAUUCUGUUUCGUUUUAGUUUAAUUUCGCUAUCAACUUAAAAUAGCUCCGAUCCACAAGAUAUCUGCAACCUUUUACCUUGAAUUGAUUAUGAUUAGCAUCAAUUGCAAGAUUGUAUCAUUUUAACAAGCCGGAUAAAGCGAUUAAAGAUAAAACAAGUGCCGUUCCAGUUAAAGAACAGAAAGUUUUACGAAGAAGAUCAAGGGACAAAAUUUGGACAAAUGAGUUUUUGAAAAACUCUCCCUAUUUGAAAACAUUAGGUCUCGUGUUGGCAAAGCAAAAGCGGCAGUAAACAGUUUUAUUUGACGUUCAAAGCUUGUGGUCCAGUCUGUAUGAGUUUAUUUCGAUCUUAAUUUUAAACAGUUUACUCAAGAUUCAGUGGGAAAAUAACAUCAAAACUACCUUAUCAGUUACCUGUCUGUUCUUCUCCCGUUAGGUUUGUGUUUGAUUGAAGUGCUGAGUGGUAAGGUAGUGUUUGAUAACAUUUUGCAGCAUAAAGUGGUGUUAGAAAUGAAAGGAAAAGGAGAGAAACCGACCAUUCCGGUAACUAUUGACUGUGUAAAGGGCUAGAAAUUGUUAAGGAUCAUUGUGGAAUGAUUUGUAAUUUAGUACAGCUGGGCAUUGGAUCUAUCACUGUAAAUGAUGGUGUUUGAAAUUACAAUGUGUACAUUUAUACAUUAUCAUUCUUUGUCAUUUGAUUCGUUGGCGAUAUCUUCUGUUAACUUCGACUCACAUUUUUCUUUCAGUGUAUUUCUGUUGAAGAAUUUGGAGAGGAACUGGCCUUAAAGCUUAAGAAAAUUAUGGACGAGUGUCUGCAGCCAGAGAAAUCACGUCCAGAGAUGCAUGUUGUCCUCAACAUACUGAGAGGAAAAACAUCUACACGCAAAAAUUCAGUGGAGCUGUACUGCGUUGGAACUGGGACAGACACAACGGGUAUUGAUACAACGACAUGAUUUUGGUCUUCGCAGAGUAGAGUAGAUCUACUCUGCUCUAUACUUAUCUAUAAGUCGUAGUGUCAACCCAGUAUGGACAGCAGUGAAUUCCUCCCUCAUCUCCACCAUUCUACUCCUAGAUCCUAUAACUGUAAACAUACUGUGGCCUUUUAUGCCUAACUAUUUACUCGUGAAAGGCAUGUAUUAGUACUUAGUACUGGCGGUCUAAAGUUGCCUUAUUUCCAUGUUUUUUGCUCAAUGCAUGGCUUGUUAACCAUCAAAACAAGGAUAUAGUUAAUAUAAUUAACGACUAAUAGCGUGACCACACUGAAGGAUAAAAAAAUGGCAACCACAAACACAUCCCAACCUCCCUCACUCCCCCUACCUCCCUGUUCGGUGUAAAACGUACAUCCAAAUGAAACAUAGGAAAUGAUAAAGUGUCGUUUACUCAUAACACUAAUUAAAACUGAUUUCAGCCGUCCUUCAUGGCCAGCCAAGCUCUUCUGCAAUUGUAUUUCACAGAGGAAAACCUUUGCUCAUGGCGGAUGUUGGAGCCGGCGUCGUCAAAGCGUGUAGGGAGAGACUCGGUCAGCACAAUUCUCUAUCAUUCUUCCUUGAUUUGUCACUGCCGUUUUUUUUUUUUGCGUUCCUUUUACUUUUUCAAUAUAUUUUUUUAAAGUCUGUUUGUAUUAAAUCCUACGCCACAAACCACCCCUAGUAGUUGAGUUUUGUGAAAUAAACACCAAAAGUCAUUUUUCUUUGGACACCCUUAUUUUGCAUUUCCAGCUUACAACCAGUUCCCAAGGAAUGUUUUUAUCACACACAACCACCUGGAUCAUGCUGGUGAGCUGCCUUUGCUCUUCGAAUUUGAGAGCAAGCGGAGACGUUCGGCCGGCGAACGUCGCUUGAGGGUGCUGUCAGGCCCUGAGGUGCAACAAAAACUGAAGACAUACAGAUUGGACGAGAUGCUCAGUCUAUAUACACCAGUAAGUCAUAGAUCACUCUUACACUUCAUCGAGUUUGACGCAAACAAAGGUAAUAUGCACAAAGGGAGUGAAAUUCAUCAAACUGAGUAUUCUUUGUGACUUCUUUCUUCGGUGGGAAAAAAUUAAAGGAGAGUUGCUUCCGUGUAAAUUGUCUAAAUGGUUCUGUGUUAAAUGUUUCAUGCUUAAGUCAUUCAUCAGUGUUCGUGUUGCAAGGAGAUGCCUUUUACAAAACCAGUCGCGAACAGAGAACAUCACAUACCGACCACAAUGAUAUCUAUCUAAAUCAAUUGAUUCGUUUAAAUUCUGGUAUAAGUGUUAAGUAAGUACGUUAUGGCCUAUUCUCGGAAGGAAUUGUCUGUUACAUCAGCCAAGUUAAAGCAAGGUAUGAAACAUAGCAAUUAAAACGUGUUUUUCUUGUUCUUCCGUGCAGGAACAAGUUGCAGACUGGCUCGCGUGUGAACAAGAUGGAGGCCCAACCUACUUGGAUGAUGAUAAACAGUUUUUUAUCAAAACUUACAGGACGCUUCAUAGCGAAAUCUGUUAUGGUAGGCUUCAGCGUUCAACAGAAUAAUCGUUUGUGUCGACAAGACAGUAGUAGUAGGUUUUGGUACACGAUGGCUGAAAACAUGGAGGUCCAAGUCACACUAUAGAAUUAAAGAAAUCCCUUUUGAGAAGUGGGUUAGGUCAUGGAGCUGUGCUGUUAGGCAAGACCAGUUUAAUUCUCGCAUCUCCAUACCGGGAAAAAAUAAGCUGGCAGGAAUUUAAAUGUCAGCCAGCGCAUCACAAGCGAAAUAAAUUCUUAUUUAGAAAUGCCCCUCACCUCUGAUACUGUAACCCGCUUUUCAUCUCUGAUAUUUCAAGUCAGAAAGCACAUGAGACUGAGUUUUCACUUUAAGUUUUUUUUCCAAAGGAUUUGUGCUCUACUUCAAAGAGGAACCAAUUCUUGGUUACUGCGUAAACUCUGGCUUCAAGGAGGACGUAUUCGAGUUUUUCUUUCAGGCCUCGACCGUGAUUGUUGAUGCAAGGGAUAAUGGCACUAAAGAACACGCUUCGGUAGGUACUUUAUUUUCAGUUAUUCAAAAUAAAGUUAUAAUUUCAUAAAGAGAACCAAGAAACGCCGAAAACUUAGUCAUAUAUACACUGGUCUGUUCUUAACUAAAAACUCUCCAACAAAACAACAUGGAUCUUGUAAAGGUUUAUUGAAGAGUCUUAAUACAAAGCAGGAACCAUUACUAAUGGGCCAUUAGUAAUGGGUUCCUGAUACAAAGCCUGAUGUAAGCAGAAAUCGUUGAAGAUAUUUCUGUUGAUUUAAUUGUUGCUUUUAGCUUAGCAAUUUUUUUUUCUCGGUUAGAUGUAAAUAAGAAGAUAAGAAAAUUAAUUACCAAGUGGCUCACGUCCCCAUCAAUUAUCUUGUUGUGUUCGCAUACGCUAGGUUUGUGCUUGCUAGACCUUUUGAGGAGGGACCAACCUCAAGAGGUCUUUAAGCUUACUGUGAACAUAAGAAGCUUGUCAACCUACUACCAUUAAACAUUUCUCUCUUGCUUUAGUUUGCAGAGGUUGUUGAAUAUGUGGAGAAAAUUCAGGCAAGCAACUUUUAAAUUGUUUUUUUUGUGGUUUUAUUUUGGUUUUUUUUAAAAGUUACCUGGGUUUUUGCUGUUUGCAUGAAGAUAGUAUUUGUAUCAGUGCAUUUAAGUACCAACGUACGUACUUCGCUCUUCUUCAAAACAUGAAAAGUAAAACUUUACCUUCACUUGAACUUAUUAAACUUCAACAGUUUGCUCCAAAAAUAGUCGUGAGACUGGGUACAAGUAUGAGACGAAUCUUAUCCUGAGGCAUAGUGGUGAAAAUAUGAUGCUAUUUCAUAUUUUGGGAGUUUUGUUCCGAACAACUCGUCAUAUACUGUGCCGUGUCAAGUGAUACUUUGACUCCACGAUGGAGGGAAAAUGUGAAAUCACCUUCAGUUUGAAGUAAAGUCUCAUUUUUGCGCAGUGACUCUGAAAACUUUGACCCAUGACUUUAUCAUUAUGAAUUCUUGAAAAGUGUGAAAACUAGGAUAAAUUUUCUUCAUAUCCAAAAGGUUUCCUGGGCACAACUUGGUACUUCCUUGUCGUCUAAAUUGUUCGCAAUUCGCCUCGAUUUCCGAAAUGUAAAACUGGUCGAUCUUUUCCCUCUGUACCAGCUUCUGAGUUGGACGGUACAAAUAGAUGAUUCCAGUGGUGGCGCUGGAAGAAACUAGGUUAUGUUCAUGCCCAGUGUUCACUUUCUCCACAAAAUCCUAAAUUAGGUAUCAUUCAAAAGGUUUGAAAUGUUGUGUGACAACUGGCAACCAAUAGAGGUAUGACCUCUUAUCGAAACUAACUACCAAAGUACCCACGUUAGUUAGCUUCAACUAGAGUAGGAGUGGUUUCGCUUUGACUGUGUUGACCAUUCUCCGACUCUAAACAUUAUCUACCAUCUUUUGCAGCCUUCAGACACUAAGGUGUACAUAACUGGAUACGGUAUUGACGCAGAGUACCCGGAUGAAGGACUGACAGGAAUAGAGCCACUGCGAGCGGAUCAGUACAUCACACUCUGGAAUGAACAAACUAAUGGCCAUUAAUACUAAAAACCAAAUCAAGUUCCCCUUGAAUGAAUAACCAGCUCUCCAUUUUAAAUUAAAUGAAGUUUACCAAAAAUCUCAUGGCAUGCUCUUUAAAAAGAGGACGAUCAAAAUUAUUUCAAUGAAGUCUUUAAUUUGCUAUGAUUAGAGAUAUAUUUGUAUAUUUGCGGUCGGUUUUUGGUUUGUGAAAUUUAAAGCCAAAACAAAAUCGUUAACUUUGAGAAAACCACAAGAUACGAAAAGGAAGAGUGAAGAAUAAAGAAAGAACGAGAGUGGAUUUUGGUGGA